GAAAAAGAGGAAAACACAGCCGGGGGGUUGGGGGGUUGGUUUCUUUUCAGAGAUCGCCCUGUAGUGGUAGGUGUUGUCCUUGCAGGCUGGGGACUCAGCCAUGGUGUGGUUCCCAUCACAGAGGCUUUACCCAGCUGUAAGGGGCAUGUGCAGCUUUUCAGGCUGCAAGUUCUGUUUCCUUCGCAAACUAUCCAUCGAGCCUGUUCAGCAGAGGAAGAUUCCAAACCGGUACCUUGGCCAACCCAGCCCUUUCACACACCCACACCUACUCAAACCAGGGGAAGUAACACCAGGGCUGUCACAAACAGAAUACUCUCUCCGUAGACACAAGUUGAUGGCUCGGAUACAGCAAGAGGUGCCUGGGAUGGACCACACGGUGAUUCUGCUGUCCAAUCCCACCUACUACAUGAGCAAUGAUAUUCCAUACACCUUCCACCAGGACACUAACUUCCUGUAUCUGUGUGGGUUCCAGGAGCCUGACAGCAUCUUAGUGCUGCAGAGCCUGCCUGGCAAACCGUUGCCAUCCCACAAAGCUCUGCUGUUUGUCCCCCGGCGGGACCCAAGUAGAGAGCUAUGGGAUGGACCACGGUCUGGUACUGAUGGGGCGGUAGCUCUCACAGGUGUGGAUGAAGGAUAUACCAUAGAGGAGUUUAGACAUCUGGUGGCUAAAUUGAAAGAUGAAUCUACAGUGGUUUGGUAUGAUUUUGUUAAGCCAGUGCAUCCACAGCUCCAUUCUGACUACCUUCUGCACCUGGCUGAGGUCAAAGCCAGAAGCAAGAACCGUAUCCGAGCCAUCCGGCCCUUGGUGCAGAGCCUACGGCUAGUAAAAUCCUCUGCAGAGAUUGAGAGGAUGAAGAUUGCUGGAAAGGUGACAUCACAGGCAUUCAUAGAGACAAUGUUUGCCAGCAAAACUCCAGUGAAUGAAGCAUUUUUGUAUGCUAAGUUUGAAUUUGAGUGUCGGGCUCGUGGUGCUGACAUUUUGGCUUAUCCCCCUGUGGUUGCCGGUGGCAACAGAUCCAAUACUUUGCAUUAUGUGAAAAACAACCAGCUCAUCAAGGAUGGAGAGAUGGUUUUACUGGAUGGAGGAUGCGAGUCUUCCUGUUAUGUCAGUGACAUCACUCGCACGUGGCCCAUCAGUGGCAGAUUCACGGGUCCCCAGGCAGAGUUGUACCAGGCUGUACUAGAGGUGCAGAAAUCCUGCCUGAGGCUUUGCUCUCCGGGUGUGAGCCUAGAGAACAUAUACAGUUUCAUGCUGACCUUGAUUGGACAGAAGCUAAAAGAUUUGGGAGUCCUACAGCAGAGCACCACUGAGAACCACCUCUUCAAGGCUGUUCGGAAAUACUGCCCACACCAUGUAGGACAUUAUCUGGGAAUGGAUGUUCAUGAUACCCCUGACAUAUCCCGCUCAAUCCCACUCCAGCCAGGCAUGGUGAUCACCACUGAGCCAGGCAUCUACAUUCCUGAGAAUGAUGCAGGUGCCCCUGAAAGAUUCCGUGGCAUUGGUGUACGCAUAGAAGAUGACGUUGUAGUGACAGAAAACACACCGCUGAUUCUGUCUGAAGAUUGUCCAAAAGAAAUAUAUGAUGUUGAACAGGUCUGUGGUUCUUGACCACUGUUCAUUGCCUUUUUCAGGUACAAAUCAGGAAAUGUGCUCCUUCUUAAGCAAAUUCCUUCAUUUAUAUUUUAUAUGAAAGAGCUACAGGACAUCAAGACUGAUGGGUACACUGUUGCUGAGGAAACAUUAUUGGGAGGAAUUAUCUUGGACAGGAAAACAUAUUUAAAUGAGAAAAAUGUAUUUACAUUUGGCAAGUAUUCUACUUUAUUGCUAAUGUUAAAAGAAAUCAGAUGAAGAAGUUGUAUUCCACCUUCCACUCUUUGGACUUUGUGUGUGUUCUGUAAUAACUUUGUUCACUGCUUGGGUGGGGGUGGGGGCAGACUGGGAUGAAUUCUGGCUUUCGUGCAGACUGCCUUUUAUUUUAAUUUGUAAGCCGGACAGAAUUUUGCUUUAUUCUUCUUACAAAAGAUAAUAUUUUCAAGAUACCAAUGCAUAUGUUCUAGCUGAUGGAUGGAGAUUUAUAGAGGAUUACCAGACAAAACUUGAAUGAUGAUAGUUGCUUCUUUCUAGAAGGUAAAGGAAGGUCUUUUGCAUUAGGACAUACAUUGAAAUUGAAGUAUGUUAUGACUGGGAAAUGCAAGUAACAACCUGAUCCCAUGCAGAGUGAUUUUCAAAAUCUCAUGCUUGACUAACUAUGCGUAUGGUUGUGUUUGUAAAUUAGUAAUAGGCAGACAAAGAUCAAUAUAGUGUUUCUGAGCUAGUUUGAUGGGUCUGACUAGAUUCAGAAUGCUGUUUGGUUUGAGUGAGUUCCUUUCUUCCUAUUGCCUCACAUCUUUGAUUUUCUUUUUCUUCAUCCACUUUCUUGACAUGAGUGGAUAUGUUAGGGCUAGGUACAGAUACCCAGGAGCAAAAUAUUUGCAAAUUGAAGCUGUUGAAAAUGGUAUACAUGCUUUAAGUUGCCAUUUUUCUUGACGAAAUAUACAAAAAUAGUGACAAGGAAAAUAUCAAACUCCUAUUCACAAAUAUUUCCCUUAGAAAUGUAGUGAGUUAAACAUGUAUGCAUCUAUCAACUUAUGUGGAGCAUAUUAUUUUGAAGUAUUCCUAUCUAAAUACAAUAUAUAAAGUGAGACGUGGCCUUUAGGCAGUUGUGUUCUUUCUGUAAAGAAGUUUAGGCCUCUCUUCUUCAUGAAACAGCAGAGUCCCUUUUGCUUCAGCUUCUGAUAGCAUAAUAAAUAGGAUAAUGGACUACUUUCUGGAAACGGAAAAAUGAAAACGGACACUAACAUGAAUGAAAUGAAAAUGUUGUAUUGAUUUAGUUAGAUCAAAAUACAUCUUUUGUCAUGGAUUUUUUUUGUAAAGGAGGAAAUGUUACAGAACAAUCAGGCAACUAGACUUUGUGGAACACUUCUGUGAUCUCUAAAUAAGAGGUAUUAUAUUUUUAAAGAGAAAUAUAUAUAUAUCAAUAAAGGUGUAUGUAUCAAUAAAGGUGGCAUUUUUAAAAAGCUUUCAAACUCAGACGUAUGAGAUUGCCAGUUAGGGAGCUUUUAUAUCCAUAUGUACCCUUCUUGUGAUAACAUAAUUCAAGGAGAAGGUACUAGCUUUUGACCAGUAAAUUAAUUUUCAGUUGUUCCAGUCUUUGGUGAGUACAUGUAGAUUAAUGUUAAGUGAAAAGGACAUCAGCCACUAGAUAGACAUAAGUUUUUGUUAAGAGGGAAGGGGGCAAGAUUCAAGAUGUGCAAUUUUAGUGGUCUGUGAGGCUACAGCACACACCACACACCCAAAGAGUAGUUCCUUGGGGUUCUAAUAGUGAGCUGCUGCUUCUUGAGUGACAGGCUGCUCAUGUUCCUUCUUCCACAAUACUUUGCCACAGCAUCCAGAGAUUGCUGCAUUUCAUUCAUAAGGCUGCUUGAUUGUUUGUUUGGUCCUUUAGAUGUAAGCCCAACCAGAGGAGGAGGAUGUGGUCGGAUAAGCAUGUUAGCAUAGUAUCUUCACUUUGGAAAAAAUCCAGAGCAUAGUACUCUCCAGCAUAAAGAAGCUGGGCAGUAUGUGAGGAUUUUAAUCAAUAGGGCUAAUAUCACCACUUUUAUAGUGAAGGGAAGAAUAGCCAAGAACAGCGUAUUUUCUUCUUCUGUUCAAAAUGCUAUACUGUUUUGUUUCAAGGCCUAAUAUACAACUAUACAAUCCCAAAUUAACAGUCCCAAGUAAAGAUACAUUUUUCUCCAUUUUAAUCAUUUCAUUAAUGUCUCAGAGACUGUAUUUUUAAAUGCCUUUUGUCCUAAAGAGUUUUAUGAGCUUUAACACCAGAGUAGGUGAAGUUUGUAUAAUUAGGCAGAAGUUCUGUAUCUUUCAGUAGGGCUCUGGUUUUCCUUUUGUUACUGCAUGCAGCUACAUUAGCUAACAAUUCAGUUAUUUGGAAAAAAAAAGUUUCAGACAAGUUGGAUCUGCAUUCUGCGGAACAGAGGUUUUAGGAUCCUUCUUUAUUGACAACCAUUUUUACAAAUCCUUGGUGGAAAAUUUUGAGAAGUUUUUUUCCAUAAAACAAUGUUGAAAGGCAUAUUUCCUAGAAGAGACAGAUCAUAUGAGAUUCUUAAAAGAAACUGUGCCAUCCUAUUGGAUACCUUCAGUGCUAAUUUCUAUGCCUAUAAUCCUUGUAGUUUUAAAAACAG